AUGGAGACACAGGCGGCGCCUCGCCGUGCCAAGAGAAGGAAGCCGGAGGCGUCCAAGAGCCCGGAACAGGAGGGUGGACCAAACAUCUCGCCGCUGGUACCAGCGACGACUGCGCCUGAAUCCAGUCUUCCUGGAGCCGGAGGAGACGAAACCUACAUCCAAGAUCCGCCGCCUGAAGCCGCCGGAGAGGAAGAAGAUGGUGUCGAUCGACUCAGCCUCCUCCCGGACGCCAUUCUAGGUGAGGUCAUCUCUCUCCUCCCCACCAAGGAUGCCUCCCGCACCCAAAUCCUCGCCACCCGGUGGCGCCAUCUCUGGCGCUCAGCCCCUCUCAUCCUCGACGGCGGUGAACUUCGCACCAUCGGUGUCGUCUCCCGCAUCAACCUUGACGGCAGUGAACUUCGUACCAUCGAUGUCGUCUCCCGCAUCCUCUCCUCCCACCGGGGCCCCGGCCGCCGCUUUCGCUUCCCUGCACAACGCCUAUGGGACAGCCCCGCCACUGUGGAUGCUUGGCUCCGAUCCUCCGCCCUCGACAACCUCCAAGAGAUUGACUGCUUUGCGACGGCUGGGUUGAAACUGCCACCUCAGCCGGCAUCUACCUUCCGGUUCUCGUCGUCCCUUUGUGUCGCCACUUUCAGCCAAUGCCACCUCUCUGUCGACAUCACCCAGGCGCUUCAGUUCCCCCGGCUCAAGAAGCUCGCACUUAAACGGGUCGGCAUUUCGGAGGAUUCCCUGCAUAGCAUCGUUGCUGCUUCUCCCGUCCUCGAGUGCUUGCUGCUUCGCAGAAUCUUUGGCCUACGCUUACAAGCAUUGGGGUGA